AUGGCCAUUCGAGAAACGCUCAAGCAAGUGAAGGCAGCUUCGAAACUCCGCAAGUUAACUGGAGGGAUUUUGCUAGCCAGAAAAUGGCUUUUACAUGAAAAGCAGCGGCACGAUCAUCAAGCUGAUGAGUUGAACACGAAGAGGGUUUUCGAUAUCAAUUUGAGAGAGCCACCCGAGAAAGGGAAAAGAUCAUGGAUUAGGAGAAUCGUUUUCUGGUCAUUUGACGAAACAAGCACAUUUUUCUACUAUUGGUCGAUGAUCAUUUUUCUUGGUUGUUUCUAUAAUUUGGCUACAAUUGCUGUGAUGACUUUUGAAGUCUUGCUUGAGAAUCACUUCCGGAAUUGGAUGAUUGGGAAUUUCGUCUUUGACUCUCUUUACUUCGUUGAUCUAUUGAUUUUGACAAGGAAAGAAUUCAUCAAAGAUGGGAUUCGAGAAAGGAGAAUUUUCGCUUUACUCGUGUUUCGCCUCAAAUCCCCGCAGUUUUACUUGGACACUCUCUCACUUUUACCAACUGACCUUUUCUUGUUCCAUUCGCAGAUGUUGAGCAUAGUGAGAGUGAAUCGAUUGCUGAAAGUUUAUCGCGUACUCGAGUUCUACACUCUAACCGAGAUUCGAACGAAUCUCCCAAAUCUCUUUCAUUUAUUCAAACUCGUUUUCUUAUGUCUUGUGAUUUUCCAUUGGAAUGCGAGUCUCUACUACUUCUUGAGUACAAUUUUUGGCUUGGAAACUGGCCAUAUUGAAUCCUGGAUUUUCUCAUACGACAAAGUACCGGAUCCAAUCUUUGUCACUUGUGAAAACGAUUACCGUUGUCCACCAAAUGAACAUCACCCAUUGAGUGAUUAUGAAGAGUGGACGAAUUUCUCGAUGCAAUGUGAAAGAACGAUGGAGAUUUGGAGUAAUAGAAGUUUUCCGAUGAAGUUUAGCAACUUCUCGAAGCAGUACAGCUUGAGUUUUUACUGGUCAGCGUUAACAUUGGUUACACUCGGUGAACAGCCAUCUCCUGAGCACUCUUUCCAAAACACUUUCGAGAUUCUGGACACCUUUCUGGGGCUUGUAAUCUUUGCUGUGAUUCUUGGAGACAUUGGUAACAUGGUGCAGACAAUGAACUUAAAGAAAAGCGAGUUCGAGGAAGUGCUUGAUGGCACACGAUCCUACAUGCAUCGACACAAAGUGCAUCCAGCUCUGCAAAACAAAAUCGUUCGCUAUCUGCAAUAUUGCUGGAGUGAAGGGCAAAUGAGCGUCGAUGAACAGGAAAUCGCCGAUUUCCUUCCAAAUCGCCUCUACGGUCACAUGUCUGUUCACAUUCAUAUGGAAACAUUGCGGAGAGUUCCCCUAUUUGCUGACUGUGACCCAACUCUGCUUUAUGAAUUCAUUUUGAGACUCGAGUUACAAGUUUACAGUCCCGGUGACUACAUUUGUAGAAAAGGAGAAGUUGGAAAAGAGAUGUACAUCGUAAAAUCGGGCUUUGUUGAAGUGGUGAACGAAGACGGGACAAAGGUUUUUGUCCGCCUUGGUGAGGGUACAGUGUUCGGUGAGCUCUCGAUUCUCAACAUUCCUGGAAACAAGAAUGGUGAUCGUAGAACGGCAAAUGUUCGAUCAGCUGGUUACACAAAUCUCUAUGCUUUAAAAAAAGAAGAUCUCUGGGAGGCACUCCGAGAUUAUCCUGAUGCAAAAGUAUCGUUAUUGGAGAAAGGUAAACAGAUUUUGGCAAAAGACAAUCUACUGGAUGAGUCAAACGUUGAGCAAGAUAACUGGGAUCCGGAUGCUCCAAUAGAAGAGAAAUUAGCAUUGAUAAAAGAUGAAGUUGAGGCUUUCACAAAGCAAUUGAAAGAAGCAGAAGUUAUGAUUCAGAAAUCGAUGAUUUCUCAAAAACAACGCGUCGGUGGUCUGGAACGACUAUUUGCUGAGGCAUUUGAAGAGCUUUUAAUCAACAAAAAGAAAUUUGGAGAAUCAUUUGAUGCCUCUGCAGAAGAUUCAGAUGAA